AGUUUAUAAUGAUACACCCUGUAUAUUAAUUUCUCUUUAUGAAAUAUUUCUCGGAACAUCGAAUAAAAACAAUGUCACUGAUUCCUAAAUGUCAAAGCCACAUAUCUGCGCCGUACAACAUGAGACUUCUAAGACGUUCUUACCGUACAGCGAAGACACCAGAAAUGUAUUCAAGAAAUUUCUCAGAAAUCUGCGUCAUUGGAGUCUGGUUUGGAAGGGCCAUCCUCAAUUUUCCCAUUUCUAUAGAAGUACUACUGCUUAUCUGGCAGAAAGGAAGUUGCAUUCUUCUAGCAGAUACUCUUAUAUAAUCCACCCAAUAAGUAAAUUAUGUUUCAGCAUGGAAUUAGUCCUGAUGAUAUCUUAUCCUUUUGCAUUCAUUUAUUAUCCAUUAGCUUCUUCUUUUUAUAAAUUGAAACACCUUUACCACAAAGGGUACACUCGCACAGAGACAACAUUUGAGUUCAUUUUUAUGCUGGAGGUUAUAAUGAGGUUCUUUAUUGGUAGAAAAAAAUCCAGACUGAAGAAAGUUAUAAUCAAUCAGAAGAAAAUUAUACUAAACUAUUUUCUCAGUAUCUAUUUCUUUAUUGAUAUUUGUGGUGCCUUGCCAAUCACAUAUGUUCUACCGAUUAUAGAAGACAGAACAAUUCUUAUAUGUUUGGCAUCAUUGAGAACUAUGAAAAUUUUGAGACUUGGAUCAUUCGUAUCAUAUUUACAUAAUUCAUUGAAGGUACUACACAUGUCAGCCUAUCAGGGAGUGAUCAAAUUCAUAGCGAUUACAGGAUUCUCAAUCCACUGGUGCAAUUGUAUCUAUUAUGCAGUAAAACGAGUUCGUUACAUAUUCUUUGAACCUACUGCAGGAUACUCGGCGAUAUUCAAAAAUGUAACAAAUUCUCCCUAUGCUGAUACGGCUUUCAAAACUAUGGGGGUAUUAUUAGGCACAAGACGUGAAAUGGGUUCAAAAAGAAAAAUAGAACAUAAAAUAUUAAUGGGCCUUUACUUGUUCCUUGGAAGGAUUAUAAUCAUGAUUCUAGGUGUCAUAAUGAUUAAUCAGGUACUACAAGCAGCAGAGCUGGAUAUAAAGUACCGUGAAGUUUUGGGUCAAUUGAAUGAAUUCAUGUCACGUAAGAAGCUACCACUAGCUACAAGAAACAGAUUAAUCUCUUUCUAUGAAUACAAAUUUCAAGGUAAAUUCGUGAGGGAGAAGAAAAUAGAAAAUUUACUAUCAGAUCGGCUCAAGAAAGAAACUAACUUCCAUUCAAGUAACCAACUAAUCAAGCAAGUGAAAAUUUUCGAAGAUGUUCCUACGAAAAUCCUAGGAGAAGUACUGAGCCACCUAAAAAUUGAAGUGUUUUUACCGAAUGAUAUCAUCAUAAGCGCUGGUUCUCCUGCUGAAUGUAUGUAUUUCAUAGCGAGUGGAACAGUGGCAGUAACUACAGCUUCCGGCAGAGAGGUUUGCCACUUGGAAGAUGGUGGUUACUUCGGGGAGGCAUGUUUGGUACUGAACCGUAAAAAGUCGAUGUCUAACAUAAUAGCAUUAGAAAUAUGUGAAACAUAUCGUUUGGACUCAAAAUCAUUCAAGAAUUGUUUCAAGAGCAAUCCCGGAAUAUUCCAGAAAUUGAAAGCAGAAGCAGAAAGAAGAGAACUUGAGACUCAGAGAAUGGAAGAGGAAUUUCAAGAGAAACUUUUUCUCAAGACGUACCUUGGUGAUAUACGAAGAGAUACCUACGAUUCUAUUCAGUCUGGCCCACGAAGAGAUUCAGCACAAAAAUUCAUUUAAUUUCGACAAUUUUAUUGAAUAUAAAUAGCUGUAUGCAUAAUUGUUAUACUUGUGAAAAAGUUCAAGUGUUAGUUACAGUUAAGUAAUAAUGAAGGAUUGGGCGAAGAUCUAAUGUACUUAUCAUUAUCUAAUGGUAAAUACAGCUUCUCAAAUUUA